AUGACAAAAGAUCUUAUAACUAUUUUAGUUAGAAAAGGCAGAUCAGUCCAUUGCAGUAACCAAAUUGCUACGCUAAGCCCACUUAUAUCUGAAUUAAUUACUGAAUACCAAACAGACGAAAUCCCAUUAACCCAUCUAUCAAAAACCUCUGUUGAAAACAUUAUAGUGUACUGUGAGCAUUAUUCCUAUGCCCUUCCCAGCCCUCUCCCAAAGCCUCUUCCCAAUAAAAGGUUAAAGGGAAUUAUCGAUUUUUUUGAAUAUGCUUUCUAUAAGGAGUUAAAACCUCAUGACCUAUGCAAGCUGUUAGAAGCUUCAGACUAUUUAGGUAUCGAAAGAUUAUAUCAAGGAUGCUGUGCUUUUCUUGCAUCUCAGUAUAUGGAGAGGCAUCCAGAUAUAUUAAAAGCAAAACUUGGCUUAUCAGAAAAUUAUAAUGACCAAAUGGAAGCAAAAAUUCUAGAAAAUUUCCCAUGGGUAAAUAAUCCUCAAGGUGAAGAGCCUUCUCCUUUAAUAGACUCUGGGAUUUUACAAAAAUUCUUACUCCCCCCCCUCCGUGAGUGAACAAAAAAAUUUGUUCACUCACGGAGGGGGUUUAAUUUUUUGUUUUUUAAAAAAAUUUAUAUAUAAAUUUUAUAAAAAAUGUUUUUUCGAAAUUUAAAAAAAACUAAUUUGCAAAAAUUGGAAAGCAAAUAUUAAUUUUUUUUGUAAAAUUUAUGUUUUAAAAAGCAAUUCGUUUAAAAUUAAAACAGAAUUAGCUCUAGAUUUCAUUAUGCUAAUUAUUAUUUAUAUAUCAAAAUCUUUUUCCAUAAAAAUUUUUUGUAUUAAAAAAAUUUUGUUCACUCACGGAGGGUGGGUUUUUUGGCAAAAAAUAGCGAUUUUUCUAAUGUUUUGUUCACUCACGGAGGGGGGGGGAGUUAGAAAAAAUAAAAAAGCUGUUUUACAGGUAA